AUGCUUUUGUCAGGGAAAACAAAGCAACAGAAGCACCAGCACCCAAUUUCUAUUGGGGGACAGCAACCAGAAAAGGAAGACAAGAGCUUUAGGUCCAAGAGCUUGCCAGUUCUGAAUGGGUCUGUUCCACGGAUUAAUACCACACAAAGUGCUCCCAUUGCAGUCAAAAGGAACUUAUUGCAGAGUUUCCAGGGGGAGUCUGAUCAGAGAUGUGGUCUUGACCCUGACACAUCAGCCCAUCCCAACAAUGUUGCUGCUUGUGCAUCAUCCAGGACGAUGUUGUCUUUUACAACUUCAAGCUUUUCAAGGAUUGGAAGUUUCACUGAAAGAACAGACUGCAAUAACUCUUCUGGCACAAGUAAAGGAAUUUCAGCCACUUCCACUCUGCUAGCAAUCCCAGGUAGAAAAUAUCUUGACGUAGUAUUGACAGACUCCAGGUUCUUUUUGGUGUGUAUGUGCUUCCUGACUUUCAUCCAGUCCUUAAUGGUCUCCGGCUAUCUAAGCAGUGUUAUCACCACCAUUGAGAGGAGGUACAGUCUGAAAAGCUCAGAGUCUGGGCUGCUGGUCAGCUGUUUUGAUAUUGGCAGCCUGAUGGUAGUAGUGUUCAUCAGUUACUUUGGAGGGAGAGGACGAAGGCCACUGUGGCUUGCUGUUGGUGGUUUUUUUAUUGCUCUUGGGGCUGCCAUAUUUUCUUUACCUCAUUUCAUUUCUCCACCAUAUCAGAUCCAGGAAUUGAACUCCUCUUUGUCUAAUGAUGGUUUGUGUAUGACUGGCAAUAACACAGCCAAAGACCAUGUGGAGUCACCAGCCUGCAUCAAGGAUUCAGGUGGAAAUGACCACUCGCUCUAUGUAGCUUUAUUUAUUUGUGCCCAAAUUCUUAUUGGCAUGGGCUCCACACCCAUCUAUACUCUGGGACCAACCUACUUGGAUGACAAUGUCAAGAAAGAAAACUCCUCACUCUAUCUAGCCAUCAUGUAUGUAAUGGGAGCUCUUGGUCCUGCUGCAGGAUAUUUAUUAGGAGGAGUUCUUAUUGGGUUUUAUGUGAAUCCUCGAAGUACUGUUUAUAUUGACCAGAGUGACCCACGAUUCAUUGGUAACUGGUGGAUUGGAUUCCUUCUUUGCGCCACUGCAAUGCUUCUUGUUAUACUCCCAAUGUUUACUUUCCCCAAAAAGCUUCCACCUCGACAAAAGAAGAAAAAGAAGAGAAAGAAAAUGCCCUGUGAUGUUCCAACUGAUGAUGAUAUUGUGAAAGAGAAAGCAAACAGUAAAAGCCAGGUAGACCAGGAGGUUCCUGCUUCAAUGGGAUUUGGACAGAAUGUUCGAGAACUUCCAAGAGCAGCUGUCAGGAUCUUAAGCAACAUGACAUUCCUUUUUGUGAGUUUGUCAUACACAGCUGAAAGUGCUAUCGUUACUGCUUUUAUUACCUUCAUUCCCAAGUUCAUCGAGUCACAGUUUGGCAUCCCAGCUUCCAAUGCCAGCAUCUACACUGGUGUAAUUAUUGUUCCAAGUGCUGGUGUUGGUAUUGUCCUAGGGGGCUACAUUAUAAAAAAGCUCAAGCUCAGUGCAAGAGAAUCUGCAAAGUUGGCAAUGAUCUGCAGUGGUGUGUCUCUGUUGUGCUUUUCAACACUCUUUAUUGUUGGAUGCGAAAGCAUUAAUCUAGGAGGGAUAAAUAUACCAUAUACCACUGGCCCUACUCUCACCAUGACACAUAGGAAUCUGACUGGUAGCUGUAAUGUUAACUGUGGCUGCAAAAUCCAUGAGUAUGAACCUGUUUGUGGGUCAGAUGGAAUUACAUAUUUCAACCCUUGCCUGGCUGGUUGUAUCAGCAGUGGAAAUCAAAGCAUAGGGAUGAGAAAUUAUACAGAAUGUGCCUGUGUCCAGAGCCGCCAAGUUAUCACGCCACCAACAGUUGGACAGCGCAGCCAGCUAAGAGUGGUGAUCGUCAAAACAUAUCUCAAUGAGAAUGGUUAUGCUGUGUCUGGGAAAUGUAAUCGAACCUGCAAUACACUCAUCCCAUUCCUUGUUUUUCUAUUCAUAGUUACACUUAUUACAGCAUGUGCCCAGCCAUCAGCCAUUAUAGUAACACUCAGGUCUGUGGAAGAUGGUGAGAGGCCUUUUGCACUUGGAAUGCAAUUUGUUUUAUUAAGAACCCUUGCAUACAUUCCUACUCCUAUUUAUUUUGGAGCUGUCAUUGAUACCACCUGCAUGCUGUGGCAACAGGAGUGUGGUGUGCAGGGCUCAUGUUGGGAAUAUGAUGUGACGUCGUUUCGUUUUGUCUACUUUGGCCUAUCAGCUGGUCUCAAAUUCAUUGGAUUCCUGUUCAUUUUCCUUGCUUGGUAUUCCCUUAAGUAUAAAGAAGAAAAAUUGCAAAGGCAGAUGUGGCGGGGUUUGCCUAUCAGCACAGUGAGUGAAGUGGUAGGUAACACUGGAACUCAACAAAACUAUGCACGGACUAGAUCCUGUCCUACCUUUAGUUCUCAAGGUGAGCGUGCGGAGGAUAUUGAUCUGAUGAAAGGAAUGCAUUGCACAGCACACACCUACCCUGCUCCCCUUAUAGAAGCAAUAAAUGCCUCAGUUGAGAAAACUUCAAAAGAAGCCACUCCUGAGAUAUAGGGCCCUCCUCCUUGGCAACCUUAGAUUUGGUUUCUUGGUUAAUUUAAAGUAUGGGACCCUUUGAAACAUCUGUGCCUUCUUUUUCUUAACAUGAUCUGCAACAAACUUAAUGCUCAGAGACAUGGCAUAUCUGAGGGCUGGAUACCUCAAAACAACCCAGGUAGCUCUUUCUUCCCUUUGGAGAAUAGUGUUUUAACCUAUGUUUGUAAAUACUU